GAGACCUCCAUUGCACUGAAGCAAAAGCUUUUUGCUGUAUAAAAUCACUGUUUCUAUACCUCAAAGUUGUAAAAGUAAAGUUUCAAAUUUUUUAACAAAACACAGUGAGAAGUGAUGAUUGGGUGCAAGACGAUAACUGUCCACGAUUCUCAUGCUACCACCACACAAUCUUUCUCUUAAGUUUGUCAGAUUAUAUCUUCAUAGCUGAGGACCUUCGUUAUUUGCAUUUAGAAACACAUACUCUUCCCCAAUCGAGGACCGCCAAACCUGUCAGCUAGCGUUUUUCUUCUAAGAAAAGAAAAAAACUAUUUUGUAUAAAUGGUGCCUUUCCGUUUUUAGAGGAUCGAGCAAGUUAGAAAGCAGAAAAAUGGCAGAAACAAAGUUGAGCUGCUUGAAAGACCAGAGAUGGUCACUCCAUGGCAUGACGGCACUCGUCACAGGUGGCACCCGAGGCAUAGGGCACGCAAUAGCAGAAGAGUUGGCAGAAUUUGGGGCUUGUGUGCAUAUAUGUUCCCGUAAUCAACAAGACAUCGACAAAUGUUUAGACGAAUGGAAGAGCAAAGGAUUUCGCAUGACGGGAUCUGCGUGCGAUGUGCUGUCUCGUGACCAACGUCAAAAUUUAAUCAAAACUGUUGCCUCAACCUUCCAUGGAAAGUUAAACAUUCUGGUAAACAAUGCUGGAACAAGUACACAUAAGAAAAUUGUAGAUUAUACUGAAGAAGAUUUGACAACAAUCAUGGGAACUAAUUUUGAGUCUGGUUACCACUUGUGUCAACUAGCACACCCACUUCUGAAAACAUCUGGAUACGGAAGCAUAGUUUUCAUAUCCUCUAUUUCAGGAUUGAAAGCUCUCCCUCUUUGUUCCAUCUAUGGAGCUUCCAGGGGAGCUAUGAAUCAAUUCACCAAAAAUAUAGCAUUGGAAUGGGCAAAAGAUAAUAUUCGUGCAAAUGUUGUGGCACCUGGAACUAUUAUGACCCGAAGUUUGGAGACAUACAUGUCGAAAUCUCCUGAUCCUAAUAAUGUCUUGGAUGGUAUGAUAUCUCAAAUACCAAUUGGUCGUAUAGGAGAACCAAGGGACAUAUCAACAUUGGUUGCUUUUCUUUGUCUUUCAGCUGCUUCAUAUAUCACUGGACAAAUUAUAACAGUCGAUGGAGGUUUCACACUGUAAAUUGUUAUGCUGGAAAAAUAAAUUAAGUAAAUGCUCAAAAAAUAAUUGCUGGAUUGAUUUGGUUUGUCAUAAGCUCCAAAACUACUAAUUAUUAUUAGUUGUUUCUUGUAUUAUGCUUAUGGUAUUUCAAGUGUUAUGAUUUUCUGCUAUAACUUCUUUUUAUUAUUAUUUUUCUCUAAUUUCAAAUGAAUAUAUUGGUUCAAUUUGGUUCAUAUGUGG